GUUUUCCGAACAGCAGGUGGCGACAGGUUUUCAUUUUGUUUUGGAAGCCUUACACUAGCCUAGCUCGUACUUUUUCGCCUGCACUGGAGUGUCGAUGAUAAAAUAAAAAAGGAGCAGCAGUAAAAACACAACCGCCUAUCUCCUGUGUGCCUGCCUGCACUCACUUGCAACAGAGCUGUUCAAAAUGGCGGCGGCUUCCUCUCUCCAGCUGCCGUUGAUACACAAUUUAAACCGGAGAAAUUCCCCCGUACCGGACUCGGACAGCCCCGAGAACCGACAAGAUGAUGAACCAGGAGUCGAAGGGCCCAGCCUACGAGUUUUAGCAGAUUUGGAGCCCGAAGAGAUCGAGAGGAGGUUGGAGAAAACUCGCCGGGAGCUCAGCAACAGGAGAAAAAUUCUCAUGAAGAACCUGCCACAAGACAUUAGUAACCAGGAAGUUCAUGACAUUUUAAAAGAAUAUGAGCUAAAAUACUGUUAUGUGGACAGAAAUAAAGGGACAGCGUUUGUAACAUUAUUAAAUGGGGAGCAGGCGCAGGAUGCCAUCCGUAUAUUCCACCAGACUAAUCUCAGGGGAAGAGAACUCUCCGUCCAGCUUCAGCCAACAGACUCCUUGCUGUGCAUCACAAACCUGCCCCACACUUACACUCUGCAGCAGUUUGAGGAGUUGGUCCGCAUGUACGGGAACAUCGAGAGGUGCUUCCUGGCUUGCAGUGAAGUCACGGGACAUUCCAAGGGUUAUGGGUUUGUGGAAUAUAUGAAGAAGGACUCCGCCUCGAAGGCCAGGUCAGAACUGUUAGGCAGGCAGCUGGGGGAUCGCACUGUCAUGGUCCAGUGGACAGACGUCAACCAGCUGACUGCUGACAAUCUUCAUUCCAAGUGUCUUUGUGUAGAUAAACUUCCUUCAGACUUCAGUGACAGCGAAGAGCUGGAAGAAAUGUUCUCCAAAAUAAGCAAACCUGUUUUCUGCCAGCUUGCUCAGGAUGAAGGCAGCCCCAUUGGAGGCUUUGCCGUUCUGGAGUACGAGACUGCAGAGCAGGCUGAGGAAGUCCUGAGGGAAAUGGACAGGCAAGAGAUUGGAGGCAGUGAAGUCCGAGUUUCCUUCUGUGCGCCGGGGACUGCAGGCAGGAGCACGCUGGCCGCACUCAUCGCUGCACAAGGGGUGAUGGCUAACAACAAGAAAGGCCUUCUUCCCGAGCCUAGCAUUGCCCAGAUGUUAAACAGCAUGACUAACCCUGCUGCACUACAAGUCCUGAUGAGACCCUACCAUGCUGCCACUGCUGGUAAACCUCCUGGGAUUGUUGGUCUACCGCAAGGCAUGCCCUUCCUGCGCAGCCCACCAUUGACUGCAGCACUGCUGCAGCUUGGAAAAGUCCAGCAGCUUCCUUUCUUCCAGAAUGCCAUGCUUGGUAAUGGGCUGGUGUUGCAGAAUAUCUGGCGGAUGCAGCUUGCACAUCAACAGCUAGUUCAGCUAAAGGAAAAGCAGGCAAACCAUGCAUCCAGCCUCCUUGGAGAUCCUUCCAGAGUGCUGCUGCAGAAGGCCAUGGGGAUGCGAGCCGCUCCUCCGGUGAAUAUGGGUAAAGGUCUUUUGGGAGACUCUCCUAACGGUUUGUCUUCAGAGGCAGGUCCGACAGCCCCUCAGACCCCAGGAGAGCAGGCUGGCAUGAUUGCGUACAUGUCCAGUCGACGGCACCUGGGACACGCUGCCGUGGAGCAGGACGGGGGAGCCGAGACACAAGCCAGUGCCAUGGGGGGCUCCGCUGGGACCCCUCCAGGUGGACACGGCUAUCUUCAGGGCCUUCCAAAUCCCAUGGUGCUUGCAGGAGCACAAAAGCAGCAAAGUCUGCCAGGGAGCAAUGAAAGCAGCUCCACUGUAGGGACUGCAUCUAGCAGCCAGACGUCCCUGCUGGGAGAGCCACCUAAAGAACUGAAAGUGCCUUCCAACCCAUAUCUGAACAUGGCGAGCGUGCUUCCAGGCGUGCUCUUACAGGCUGCAGCUUCACAUGGCAGUAAACCUCAAUCAGCUCAGCAUCACAGUGGAGUAGUUUACAGAUCUACACUGAAUCCUACAGUCUCUCAGACUUCUGGACCGUAUGCAGUAGGGAACACUACUGAUUAUUCUCAGCAAUACGGAGAAUAUUCACAGGAAGCCAUGCAGCAGUGGUAUCAGCAUUAUCAAGCGCAGGGCUAUGCCAGUAACUCCUCGGAGGCAGGGCUGGUCGAGUAUGGAAAGGAACAGACUGAGAUGUCUGCUUAUGCACAGCCAACUUCAAGCUCUUCAGACACUUACUACAACCAGGCGACAGCAGCGGCAGCCUAUGGGGAUUAUAAUUCUUACAUGCAGGCUGUAUCUCAGUACUACUCUCAGACACACAUGGCCCAAGCAGCUUUACAAUCUGGUUAUCAACAAAGAGCAGCAAACAAGGAGGCAGACAUGACCAAAGCUGUCUUGGGAACCUCGCUUCAGUGUGCUAGCAAUGGCAGUUUCAGGAGCACUCCCCAGUCCACUGCAAUGCCAGCGUACAACUCUGUAUCCUUGAUGUCUGGAUACGUGGUCGGACAGCCAACAGCAGCCAGCUCUGUGACCCCUUUACAAACUGGACGUGCUGACUUAGACUGGAGCCAGUACUAUUAUAACAAUUCGAGGGGUCAGAAGCGGGAUUAUUCCCACCUGCCAUCCCAAGAAGCAACACCAGAGGAAGGAUAUGUUGGUCAGCAUUCACAGGGGCUGGGGGGUCAAUAUGCAGACUCCUAUUUCAAAAAGAAGAGAAUUUAGAGGGAUUGCAGCACCGACGGUACCUCUUGGUUUUGUUUCCCCCAUGUGCUUUUUGGUACCUCUGCUAAAGUUGGUGGUGUCUUUGUCCAUGCCUUAACUCUGAACGGUGUCUUCUCAGUUGAUGUUUAAAAAGAGAAACAUAUUUUCAAUUUUAAAUGUGCAUUUUUAUAAUGCAUACUUACCUCUUUUUGUAUGUGCAUUAAUGCAGAGAGACCUUAUUGCUGGUUUGGGGCUUGUUUAUGAGUCGUCUUAAUAAUAAUUUAUAUAAUGGAAGAACUCAACCCUGUAUAAAUUUCUACUUUUAAUAAAAGGUGAAAUUUGAUCAAUUCCCAGAUAGUGUUUUUCAGUCUGAUUUUGAUUUACAAAGUAUUGCACCACUGGCUUUUUUGAUUACAGGUUCACCCUAUAUCCUUAUCCAACAAAGCAAAUAUAUACAUGAACCAUUUUUUUGCAAGGGUAAGACUUGUACGUGCCCUACUCCUGGGUUUUAUUUGAUGUUUUUGUCAUUUCUAUUCAGUCAUGCGCUGUAGUGAAAGUAGUAAAUGCAAUAAUCCAGUUCUAGAAGAGUGUUUUAUCAUGAUGAAUUAGAUCCAAUGAAUUUGACUAUAUAUAUAUAUAUAUAUAUAUAUAUAUAUAUAUAUAUAUAUAUAUAUAUAUACGUGUGUGUGUGUGUGUAUUACUAGGGCAAUUUUAAAUGAGUUUUAUAGGGUGAAAAAACAGAAGCAGGUCUCAACAGUUAUUUUAGUGGUGUUUUUUUGACGCAUAUUUUACAGGCAUACUGUUUUGCAACUCUAAAAUUGGUAAAACUUUUUAAAUUUCUACUUAAAAUAACUUGUGUCCAUUUUAUUAUGCAAGAUUUUGCAAGCCUACUUAAAGAUUUUUGUCUGUUUCCUGAUUUGUUUAUUGUUUAACAUUUUAUUGCUUAUACUGUGAACAAGUACUUUUCUUCUAAGAGCAUUUGAGAAAGUUGACUGAAACAUGCAUAGCUUUUUACAUUGUUUUGAAUUUAAUUAAAUAAUUGAGGAAUGUAUUUUUCAAUCAUUUUUCAUGUUUCUAUUUGAACUGUCAGAAAUGGAGAAAAUAAUAAUUGUAUUUAUAACUAACUACGUGUGUAUUUAGUAUGCUGUUUCUAACACAAAAUAUGAAGGAGUUUAACCAAAAAUGACUUUUUGCUAUUACAGUACAUUCCAUUUGCAUUUAGCAAAGUAUUUUUUUUAUAUAUAUAUACAGUGUAUCUGUAUUUACAUGAAAGUUCGUAAGUAGACACAUUUACUGUUUUUUUUUCUCUUCGUUUAGCUCACGUACUUUAUUUGGCUUUGAUACAGAAUGUACUGUAUAUUGAGAUGUAAGAUGACUGACUUACAAUUAUUUAAAAUCAAGCAGCCUAUUCAGUUUUCUUUUAUAUUCAAGAUUUAAAAACGAUAAUUAUUUAAAAAUGUUUUGUAUUCAAAUUCUAGUUUAUAAAUAUUUGAAUCAGCCAAAGGAUCCAAACAGUGUUGGCAAUAUACGCAUGGCUUGUUAACUGAGUGUUUUUGUUGGUUUGUUUGUUUUGUUUCUACUACGAUGUGUUGAACAUAUUUACGUUUCACAUUUUUGACCCUGUAACUUGCACAAGUCAGUGUUACUAUUUCAUUGAUUCUGUAAUUUGAAUAACUUCAUUGACUAAUAAGAUAGUAACAGCAUUACAUUGCAAGAUUUGUAAAGCAUUUGAUUCAUGAAGGAAUGUAAUGACCUAUAAAUGUACUUUUUUUUAAAUAAUGUAAAUGUUUUACUGAGUUGAGACACUGAUAGCUUUAUAUUCUAUUAUAUUGUGCUUUUGUGUUUUUCAGAUUAUCUGAGCAGUUUCAGUCAUUUCAAUAGUGGUUUCUACACCAUUGAAGCAUUUUUUUUUUAAAUUUGAAAAUGACCCAGAUUUGGAUAUUUUGACUGUAGGGGGUAUAUUGAAUAGCUUUCAUGAAGCCAUUUUAAAAAUAUCAACCAUGUUGAAAAUGUUUUAAAUUCCAUCAAACUUAAUUGAAUUUUUUUUGUAUGCUCAUUAUUCUGCAUGGAAACGCAGGUAUAAGAAUAACACUGUUUUGUACCAAAAAAUACAAAUCAAAUAGAUUUAAAAAUAAAGGGGGGGGGAGAAAAAAAAGAAAGAAAUCUUGAUUUUUACAUUUUUAUUGUGUUGUGUCUGUAUUGAUGGAUAAUGCUGUCUUUUUUUGAAAUGUUAAAAGAAACAAGAUGUUAAAAGGCUGAUUCCUAGCUCCAGCAGAAGAACAUGUGCUCUGUACUUGGAUUUGAUGAUACUUGGUGUAAUGCUGCCCUCUGGUGUCUGGUCAAGUAAACAUUGGAAUAGUCUUCUAUAUACUAAAGAAAUUAAUACAUAUAUUUUAAUUACUAUUACCAUGAAGCUAAAAUAAAUGUGCAUUUGUAACCAUCUUAAAUAUUUUAACACUUUUUUUCCCUCUUGUUUCUGACCUUGUCACAUGUGUCCAUCUUUUCAGAUAGAAGUCUUUACAGCAAAUCACUUAACACAAGACUGAAUAAGAGAAAAAAAAAAAAGGUUUUAUUUUUUUGUUUAAUACAAUAAAGUUGUACGUAUAAAUGCAUAACUUCUUGGCAGCAAAUACAAAGGGAAACAAAGAUUUAAUGCCAGUGGUUUAAUGUCCCUCGUCUACAGUUGCACAGCCAGAUCUAUCUUAAAAGAAAAACAGUAAAAAAAAAAAACAAACAAA